AUGGCAACCAAGAAGUUUUUAUCUCUCAUAUCCUUGAUGGUGUUGGUUUCCAUCUAUCUACCCAUGGUUUCAGGACAAGCUAGAGAAUGUUUUCUGCAACAACCGUGCCAGAACUCAACGACAUGUAAUGAGUUUUGUAGGUUUAAAGGAUACAGACGAGGAGGAUUUUGUGAACACUUUGUUGGCUCAAAGGACGGCCAUUGUUGCUGCUAUUUUGGUUUUGAGUCUGAAAAGUUUUCCAAAUCCAAUGAUACCAAUGUACUCAUUACUAAUUAA